AUGAAUGGAGAGCACAUGGUCGUCGUAGGCGGGAGGCAGAGCCCCAUCGCCGGUGCAUCUGCGGGCUCAGUGGUGUUCGACAGGGUCUCGGGGAACGAUGUGCUCAGUCAGGAAGCCAUCUUGCUGGCCAUCGACCGACUGGGACAGAGGAUGGAUACCCAGCUGUCGAGACUGGCGUAUCAAGUAACAUCGAUGCAGGUAGUGGUUGAUCAGCUGGUUGACCAACAACGCAAGGCCAGCCGCUUUGUACAUCAGCCCGAUGAGAGCCAUCAGGCAUCCUCAAGUACCUCUUGGCAACAGCAACAACCACAACAGCAGCAUCAGUACGACCGGACCGGGCCUGGGAACACUAGCCCACGCUCUUCCACUACCAAUAUCCGCAGAGACUCGGAGCAUCCCUUCGCCUUUGAUCCUGCCGCCGAUACCACCCAAGUAUUCCAGGCUACUGGCGCAUCUAUUCCGAUCUCUACUCAAGGCAAUCUUCACCGCCCCUCGUACCAGAAUGAGUACCCUCACCAUCACCAGUCAUCUAUGCGUGGCCUUCCAGCCGGGCCGGAAGCCUCGAUGGCAGGCGGCAGCGAUGUCCCUGCGGGCUACACGAACUCACACCACCAGGCUACAGCCUCGAAUUCCACGAAUGCAGACAUGAAUGGAUCGAGACAACAUCUGACUAUAGAGGAGAAUACCCAAAUGGGCGGAGGAAUGAGCUUUCCCGCAAGUGGCAGCGGCGAAGCGGACGUUGUUGAUCGGUACCCGUCCCCUCCGGAUCAGAGACCUGAAACUUCGUACGCAGUGACGACCAGCGUUCGUCCCUUUACAGCUGUGGACCAUUCACAUCGCCCACAGCCGGCUGUCAAUCACAAUGGUCAAGCUGCGGGUAACUCUGAGCUAGCAAGCGGCCAUGCGCAGAGCAACAAUGGCAGCAUGGAUCAGAAUGGAGGAGUCAACAGCGUCGAGUUCGAGUUGCAGAAUUCAGCGAUUGUGCCCGGCGCCUCGACGUAUAGUGCUCCGAUCAGCAACCAUGCGAGAGGCAUCGUACCCAACCCUCGUCACGGCAUGGCCUUCAGUCGCGUGUCCCCUCGUCAGCUAGCAGUAGGGAACGGACGUAUCCCUGGCUAUAGUACAGACGAGAGCAGCGUCCCUGGAGCGCUCGAAGGCGCUUCCUCUACGGUCUCCGCCCUAGGGGGUCAUGUUCACAGCAGGUCUCUCUACACAGACUCAGUGACGCCGUCGGAGCAACCUUUUCAUCCUUUCCCUAGCCACUCUCACGGAUAUUCUUCAUCUUCUCAUCAGCAUCAUCACCAGCCGGCCCCGGUACCGCAAGCGCAAUCUUUCCAGAACAGCACGUCAUCAGCCCCACCGCGAGGGUAUGGUUCCAGCUCUAAUGGGAAUGGUGGAGCACUGCCUUCCUCUCAUCUAAGCGAGAGCCCCUCCUCACUGUCACGCAAGCGCCAAGCCCGCUUGUCUCCACCGCAACGGUCUUCGGGUGCUGCACCGUCCCCUUCGGCUGCUUCGACGAACGACAUGGUGGCACCGCUGCGCCGCCUGAAGCGAGAGCCGACAGUAGUCUCUGCCCAUCAUGGAGAGUUCUCAACUUCGCAUAGUCCCGAGGGAGCUCAGGGUGGAAUGGAGGGAGCACCGGUGGGACCUAUGGGUUCCUACCAAUUCUGGGCCUUUACACCUCCCCAGCCUUCCGAGAGCAAGCUGCGACUUCUCCCUGAACCCCAAUUCCGCACACUGCAGGCCGCCCGCCUGGAUCUGCAGCGCAAGACGGGCAGGACGAUGGCCAAGCUGGGUCGACUACCGCUCAAGGACUAUCUGGAGGUCAGCCCUCAGGAAUACCUGCAUGCCCGCAAGACGGGUAGGGCCGUCUACAACGAAUGGCUGGAGCCACUGGUGCGCAUGGCAAAGCAACCCAAGGACCGCGUCAAGGCGUGUACGAAUUUCAUCGAGUACACGCAUCCUAUGUUGGCUCAAUGCGAGGGAAGCUUCAAAGCUAGGCAGCUGCUGCAGCAGAUUGUCGACAAUGCCAUUGACGAGGCGACCAAUGCACGGAAAAAGGACGUGGCAGGACCGGGAUCUGGACAUGUUAGCUCCCCUAGUGGGCAUUGGAGUGGCAAUCCUAGAGGUCCACCAGCAGGAGGACCUCGCCAGGUUGAGUCUAGUGGAGGAACAGUCUGGUCUACUGCGAGUGGGGAGAGCGAUGGGGGUGGAGGUCGAAGUGACGUCGGACCUCGUGGUUCUCGGCCGGUACACAAUGAAGGUCGAGAUCAUGAAGGGGACGAGAGGCACGAAGAGGGUGAAGAAGAGGAUAAUGAGGAUGAUGAGGACGGAGGGGAGGACGACGGAGAUGAGGGUGAGGAAGGACCGGACAGGAAGAAGAGAAGAGGGGAAAGAGAGGACGAUGAAGAGAGGGACGAGCUGGAAUGA